GUUCUUUCCAACAUUCCCCAUGUCCUCCCUGACCCUCCUGGACUGGGACCCGACAACGUUCGCCCUCCUGCAGCAGCAGCUCACCAGGGUCAUUUCACAGCCCACGACUUCUGCCCUGAGGAAACUUUGGGCGCUGCUCGAGGGCGCUGAGCCAUGGCUGCUCAAUCUGACUAGGCUGCCGCCGAAGAAUGACAAGGACAAGGAGUACAUUGAAAAGAACGCUUUGGAACUGCCAUCCGGGACAACCAUACGCGUCACCGGUGACCUCUUGACCACCACAAACACCAUUUCAGACGCCCUUUCCCUCUCCCAACUAUACUCUGCCGUGCUCGCACUUCAAGCAGAAUCGCACAGAUAUCAAUACCCCUCCCGGUCGACACCCGAGAUCUCCAUCUACCUGCUACACCAAUGGUCCCUCGAUCUGCUCGUUUUCCUUGAGCAGCUCUUCAGGGUCGUCAUCUCUCAGUCAGAUGAGCUUGACACACACUUUGAGCCUCUGAAAAACUUUGUGGAAAAUCUGCUGGGAUCCAAGACGGAGCAGGGAACAUUGAUCGACAACAUACUCUCCCAGCUCGACGUCCUUCAUUCCAAACUCUCCUCUCUCCUCUCCUCCCAAUCUCCCUCUGGCCCAACUUUCGAGCUUCUCCAAUUCCGUGUGCAAGCACUGAGAGCUGAACAAAACAAGCUGGCGUCCAUCUUGGGCGUGCUGGCAGAAGGAGGAAGGCUCGGUAGAGGGCAGGUGGUGAGGAUUUUGAAGUGGCUCAAAAAGGUGGACAGGGCGGAUGGAGUUGUGGGAAUGGUGGGAGCUAGCUUGAUGGCAGCUUGGAAGCCUUUGGAGAGCAUGGAUGCGUCGGAUGGGAGGUACGAUGUUGCGGAAGAUUGGUGCCAUGAUAUCAAGUUCCUCAAACUCGCUUCCAGCCUCACCCUGCAAGAGCAAUGGACGAUUCCCCGCCUUCGCGAACCCAUCAAGCUCGCCUGGUCACUCUUCUACCUUUCCUGCCUCCGACACGACCCCUCCGUCAUUCAAACCGGUAUCGAUCAGCACGAAAUUGAAGGCUGGCUACUCGACUCGGUACACAACGACGCUCUUGCGCUGUUGCAUGCGCAGGUCGUUUAUAUCAGCGGAGGAGAAGGGGCAGGAGAGGUGGACGUGCUUGUACAGCAGGGGAAUGCGAGUGAAGUGGGGAACAACGACUUUUUGGUCGAGCAGGUCAGAGGGUUGGUGGACAUUUUGGCUGGGAAGAAGCAAUUCCUGCGCAAUUUGCGUAACAAGGAAGAGGACACUGGUGCUCGUCGCUCUCAGGUGGCCCCUCCUGCCGCCCACUACCAAAACUUCCUCCGCCUUACUGGGGCGGUGUACAAAUCACUCCCUCCGGAUUCUGCUGUAGAGCUGUGGGAGAACUCGACAUUCACCUCCACAGUACUCGACAGUCGAAACGGAUUGCCCGGUACGGCCUUCUGGGAAAUGCUCGCUGCCAUCUCCACCGGCCCCGAAUGCUCUGUACUCUGCUACGAGAAGCUCAAAGACACCCGUCUCCCUUGGACAUCCUUGUUCAAAUUCUACCAGCACUACAUCGAAAUCAUGCCCCACAUCUACGAGCCUAUCAAGAGCACAAGGGCGGCUUCAUUGGCGCCUAUGGUGUUGGAGGAUGUCGAGGUGUGUACAGGGUGGACGAAGGUGCUGGAGACGGUGGUGAGAUGGAGUCCCGCGGCAAGGGCGGCGCUUCUCCAGAGCAAACCCCAGCCUCUUGGAGUGCUCUUCGAGUUUUUAAAUUGCGAUAACGUACCCAUCUCUUUGAAGGCUACGAUACUCCAAGCCAUCACCGCCUUCACCAAGCGCACCUCGGACCCCUCGGACGACGAAAUCAUCUCCCAAUCACUCUCCUCCUACGAAAAGAUCACCUAUCUCAACCCUGCGCUUGAUGUGCGCCAUCUCGAGCCUGGGAGGAUUCCCCAGCCAGUUGGCUGGCUGAGCAGGAUGGAGUGGGCGGAGAAUGAGGAAGGGAGGUAUGCGUUGUCGAGAGCGUAUGUGGAGUAUUUGACAGAGCUUGUGCCUUCUCCGGGUACUGUUGCAAAGCCGGCGCAGGUGGUACCGAGCGGGUUGAGGAGCAAGCUUGUCAACACUUUGAGGAGGGGAGCGUACCAGGUGAUUGACGGCGUCUUCCUGUCACUCAAGACGAGAAGGUAUGCUAGAGACAGUGAGCGAUGGGAGGUCCUCGACACCCUCACAGCGUUCCUCGAAAAGGCGCUAUUGUCUUUCAGCAUGUCGGAGCUCCUUUCUCCUUCUGCGUCUGCUUCCUCUGCGGUCCGAACGAUCGGUCCUAUCGCUGUGGAACUGUCGGAAGAACCAGGAUUCGUCAUCCUCCUCCGCCUGUUAUCCGACCCCGCCGUCUUUGCGGUUUUGGCUUCUGUCCUCGAUUCCGCGGCGCAGGAAGGCUUGGACGGACAAGGAGGUAAACGGGAAGAAGUUGUAAGCAGGGUGCUGCUCAGGGUUUUGAGGGUGUAUCACAGGGUUUUGGAAGUCCAGCUGGUGUUUGCCGAGGUCCUCCUCGUCAUCCUUGCGGACUCUGCUCGUAACCCCACCUACCCCUUCAAGCGACCCUUCGGUCUUCAACCUCUGGACAACCACAUCCUGUCGCAUCUCUCCAACAUCACCACCAUCGCUCUCCUCGUUGCCGAUGAUGACCCCGCUAUUUCGUAUAUCGCUACAAAGCUCGUUGCGACAUUGUCAGCGUCACCAGUCUUCAACCGAACAGACAUCUUCCAAGGCGAGUAUGCUGGUGCUGUCAACAGGCUUGCGGGGAUCCUCGAUGCGAGCGAUGAUUCCAUUCGGAUAUCGCAGGCUUUCGUGCGAAAGCUUGAUGUGGAGGGAGAUGCUGUUGAAGAUCAGGAGGUUGUUGAAGACGAGGCGCUGCAUGGUGAUGUGAAGAAGGUCGAAGGAGAGCUGGGGAUGGUGACAAGGUCCGUCAUCCUAGACAUCCUGGUGGAAGGCACAACACAAGACGUGUCUUCUCCCAACAUUGCUCAUUUCUUGUUGGGAUACGACUUCCGACACCGUGAUUUUGCACUCCAAUCUGGCGGCAGCUCUUGCUUGCAUGUUAUCCUUCGACAGUUGCUCGACGGCGCGGAGCUUUGCGGGCCAUCUGGAGACGGGAUCAUUGACCGUCAUCCCUUGCUUGGUGCCAAGAGCGCAGAGCUGAUCUAUCAACUCUUCUCUCACCCCAUGACUGGCCGAGCGACAAUGGGCUAUGCUAUGAGCGUUACUGGUUAUUCUGCCAGGCAGUUGGCUUCUAUUCCUCGACGCUGCGUCGAAUGGGCUGGCGAGGAAGGACCUAGUGGCAGGGCUGUGUACUGGGACGGGUCUGUGAACACAACUUCAGACGUCUUGGUGGCUGUUUUGGAGUUCCAGCGAUGGAUCGUCUCGUCUGCUUCCCUCGAGGCUUUUUCAUAUGACGGCCACGGCGCGUCUGCGGCUCGAAUUGCCGAGAUCCUCUUUUACGGUUCCGCUCACGACGAAGACGAGCUUGAUGGAGAACAGCCCCAGACGCCACCGCUGUUGAUCGACCUCCUGUCUUCUUUUGAUGUGAGAUGGGAGGAACCCGAGUUGGAGAAUAGGCAGCUGGAGUUCUUUGCCGGCUUUGGAUUUGACGAAUUCAAGCGCGCUGGGGUUGAGUGGUGGGAUUUGAAGGGUCUUGAGCAGGGGAUGAAGGCUUGGGCGAAGGGGCUUGAGAGGCAAGGGGCAAUCACCCCUGCGUCUGCUCCUGCCGUCCAAUCUGAGAUCAUCUACGUUCUCCAGAAGCUUGGAGGCAAGAACAAGGAAACCGAUGUGGCGAUUGCCAAGGGCAACUUUGCUCUUUCUUGGAACGAGCUGCUCAAGAUCUCUCUCGCCAUGCUCUUCAAGCACAUCAACCCGGAUGAGCAGCAGAUUCUUCUCUUCUCACUCCUCGACCAGCUCCUCCUGCGCCUUUUGGGGGCGGAUGAACUGUCGCCUGGGGUAGGAGACGUAAUUGCGGAGAGUGUGUUGGUUGCAAUGACGCAGCUUGUCACAGUGUUGGGCGUGUUUGAGGGGGUGAAUCUGCCAGUAGAGUUGCUGGGCAAGAUCCUUGGAAGAGUGGUCGAUGGUGCGACCAGGCCGGGAACGACCGAGACCGCUAGAGGCAAUCUCUACGCCGCCAUCACCCAAUUCCUCACCCUCAUCUCACCCCAAAACUUCUCCGACUCUCAAUCUCUCGCUCCUUCAUCCUUCUCCGUGACUGACUCGACACCAUCUCUCCUCCGUACCACUCUGACUGUCCUUGCUGGAAAGAAAGAACGAUUCAUCCCGACGCUCUGCAGAGAUGCUAUGGACGAUCGAGAUGUGUGGAAGACGGAGUGCUAUGCCCUUCUUGGAGGUAUUGUGGGGCUUUGUCAGGGUGAACGGGAGAGGUUCGUUCUUGAGCCCCUGAUGAAGGGCGGAUACUUGCCUUUGGUGGUGAGAAGUGUCAAGGAGAAGGAGGGUGCGCUCUUGGAGUGUCUUGGGCCUGAAGCCGAAAAUCUCCAUGCUUACUGGGUCUUUGAAUCCAAGCUCGCCUUCCUCUUGGCCCUUGCAUCCACCCGAAAAGGCGCCGAAGACCUUCUGGACUCUGGACUGUUUGAGAUCCUCGCCACAUGCGGCUUCAUCAACGUCCAGAUACAGGCAAGCGAAGAAGCUUUGGAUGAAGUGGAGGCAGCCGAAAUUUUGGCAAGGCAACAUCGAGUCUUGGGAGGCGUCCUUGGACUGGUUGCUAGAGUUCUGGCGAGUCUUCAUAGGGGAACCAGAAGCGGUGCUUCACAAGCUAUUGGCUUCCUCAAUGCCCACCGAGAAGCGGUCCUCGCCCUCAUCCGCGAACCUCAGCAAAGUUUGUCGACCUCAUCUCUGGAAGAAUGCCGAACGGUGGUCUCCAUUCUUGCGCUAGUGGUGCACAAGGUAUCCAGCGACGAGCUCCACUCCUUGUCUAGCUUUGGAGCUUUCCACAUGGCUGUCUUGGCGACUGCUGCUGGCAUGUUCGAUAGGACCCAGUGGGUGGAAGCUGUGGACGAGGAACCUAAGCUCGAAGGCGAUAUUCUCUCGCUAAACCAGUCACUCCUAUCUUUCUUGACAUCUGCCACAUCAUCACUGAAAUCCGGAUCGGGCAACCCCGUCUUCAUUACAGGCGUUCACCGAUCUCACUCGUCCUCUGUCAAGUAUAUCGCUUCCGCCCCGAGCGUGGGCACAGCAGUGAACCUGUUGGGCGAGCUGGUGGAGAAGAUUCAGGAGGUCGGGGGGGAGUGGGAAGUCAUCUUGGAGAGGAUGGAGGAAGGAGGUGAUUUGGAUGAAGCGGAUGUCGAGAAAUUGAGAAACGAGUAUAUUGGCGACAGCCCGCUCUCUGAUGAUCUGAUCAAGAGCGCUUUCAUUAGCAAAACUCAGACCUUGUUCGAUAUGAUCGAGUCACUUCUUCUGCUGAUCUGGCGACAUCUCCUGUUCUACGCCAACGAUGCCCGUUCAGUCUUGGCUCCAUCCGCUCCUCAAGUCCGACCUGAUAACUUGUCUAUCACUUUGAGCGGCAGCGCGUUCGGUGCUUCGAGGUCGCAAGAGCUGGAAGGGAAUAGGCAAGGAGCUGGGAUUGUCAGAAUGUUGGAGAGGGUUGGAGGCAGUUUGAGUGGUGUUCUGCUGCGAGUGGGUGAUCUUGAGAUCAACCCCGAAUUGAGACGUCUAGCCACUUCGUCGUCCUCGCCCUCCAUUCAAGGAGACGCCUUCUUCGAUAUGCUCGUUAGACGGUUGAAGGAGUUGGUCGGAGGUCUGGUUGGCGAUGCGCCAGCGCGAGAGGAGGGCGAAGAGGAAGGUGAUGCGUUGAUGUUUUGAAGGUGACAGCGGUCGUGUGCUGUGGUGUCAUCGGCGGUAUGGACUUGAGACAGAUUAAUUAUGAUAUAUAGGUAUUUCACAUUCCAAAAAUGCAUAGGCUUUGACAGACA